GCUAUGACAACGGAGUGAAGUGUCGUAAAAGCAGCGUGUCUUUUCCCUCCGCCGCCAUUGAACGUUAGCAUACGGCUAAUGCUACACAGCAGUCGAUAAAACCCGGAUUCCCUCACGUUAUUUCCACCGUUAAUUACUGCUCGCUGACAUUUAUCAGAGAGCUAACAAUACAGUAUUGGAUUCAGACUUGUCAAUGGCUGCUAUGGAAGACUUGAGAGGAGGAGGAAGUGAAGGUCUCAUAUUUGCUUCCACCGAAGAAGAGGAGGGCUCGUCCGAGAUUUUAUUGAGCGUUUUGGCACAACACGAUCAAGUGGGCCUCUGCUUCUAUGACUGCAAAGACGCCUCCAUUAACUACAUGAUGGAUACUCCAGACAACCACGAGCUCCACCUGCUGGCGAGAAUCAUUCAGGAGAUUAGUCCCCAAGUGAUUAUCACCAGCGCAAAGCAGGAGCGCUGCAUGACCCGCUUCCUGCAACAACUUGGGUCAAACCCAGACUACAAACCAGAAGUGGUUACCUAUCCAUAUGUUGACUUUGGUCUGGAACUCGGUAAGCAGAGGUUGCUUUUGGCCCAUCUGCCUUUCCUGCCUGCCUCCAUCUCAGAGCAAGAGAAGUUGGCCUACCUCUCCUCCUGUAUCUCAUUUGACUUCCCCCUCAUGCUGAGGGCAGUUGGAGCUCUUUUAAAAUGUCUGGACAGGAGGAGAGUGGGAGUUGAGCUGGAAGACAGCAGUGUCGGCGUUCCUAUCCUGCAUUUCCGUGCCUACACACUUAAGGGUGUCGUUCACAUUAACAAAGACACAUACAGUGUCCUGCAGAUCUUUAAAUCAGAGCUCCACCCGUCAGUGUACAAGCUUCAUUCGGGUGAAAAAGAAGGCUUCAGUCUUUAUGGGAUACUGAACUGCUGCAGGUGCAGGUUUGGCUCCAGACUGUUACGUCAGUGGUUCCUGCGUCCCACCGUGGACCUCGCCGUGCUACGCAGGAGACAGGAAGUUAUCCGCUUCUUCGCAUCGCCUCGGAACUCAGACUCCCUGAGCACCCUGCAGUCGUCGCUACGCAACAUCAGAAACAUCCCAACACUUCUACACAGGAUGUCUCUCUCACACACCAAAGUAACAGACUGGCAGAAUCUCUACAAGACCGUGUUCAGUGCCGUGUGUAUCAGAGAUACUGUGCGUCACCUGCCUCAGUCCGUUCAUCUUUUCCGGGACAUCAGCGAAGGCUUCUCUGAUGACCUCCACCACAUCGCCUCUCUCAUCAGCCGUGUGGUGGAUUUUGAAACCAGUGUAGCCGAGAACCGUUUCACCAUCAAACCAAAUGUGGAUCCCGCAGUUGAUGAAAAGAAAAGGCAGAUGGCGGGCUUGUCCGACUUCCUGACCGAUGUUGCCAGAAGAGAGCUGGAACACCUGGAUGCCAACAUACCCUCCUGCUGCGUCAUCUACAUCCCGCUGAUUGGAUUCUUGCUCUCCAUCCCUCGUCUGCCUACCAUGGUCGAGAAAGAAGACUUUGAGUUAGUGGGGCUUGAUUUCAUGUUUCUAUCAGAAGAUCGACUCCACUACCGCAGCCAGAGGACGAAGGAGCUUGACGUGCUGCUGGGGGAUUUGCACUGCGACAUUAGAGACAUGGAGAUGACAGUCAUGAGUCAGCUGCAGGACGCCAUACUGGAAAGGAGCGCCGCCCUUUAUAAGGUUCUGAAUUUGACCGCUGAGCUGGACUGUCUCAUGGCGUUGAGCAAAGCCUCCCAGGAGUACGGCUACACUUCACCCAAGCUAGUCAACCAACGGAAGAUAUCCAUCACUCAGGGCAGACACCCGCUGCUGGAGCUGUGUUCUCCUGUUUUUGUGGCCAACCCGUUUGAGAGCUGUGAGUCGCAGGGCAGAGUCAAAAUCAUUACUGGACCCAACUCGUGCGGGAAGAGCAUCUACCUCAAGCAGGUGGGUCUGAUUGUGUUCAUGGCUCUCAUUGGCUCCGACGUGCCGGCAAAGGAGGCGGAGAUCGGCCUGGUCGACGGAAUAUUUACCUGCUUGCAGGGCAGAGAGUCUGUGUCUGUAGGCCUCAGCACCUUCAUGGUAGACCUGAACCAGAUGUCCCAAAUACUGAACAGAGGCACCGGCAACUCAUUAGUCCUCAUCGAUGAAUUUGGAAAAGGGACAAACACUGUGGAUGGCUUGUCCUUGCUGGCAGCCACCAUCUCUCACUGGCUGAGAAAAGCUCCUGCAGAUGUUCCUCAUGUCCUGCUGGCCACCAACUUCCACAGUUUGCUGCAGCUGGGCCUUUUACCCACGUCCGGCCUGCUGUCUCUUCUGACUCUCGAGACGGAAACGGACGGGGAUGAUUUGGUGUUUCUGUACCAACUGAAGGAAGGCAUCUGCCAGUGUAGCUACGCGGCCAACGUGGCCAGAUUAGCCGGCCUGCCUGCCAAUCUCGUACAGAGAGGCGUGGAGGUGUCUGAGCUCUACAGGACAGGAAGACCCAUCAAACGUGUUGACAGCGCGUCAUCGGAUGAGCAGGCCAACAGGUGCAGGACUGUGGUGGAUAGAUUUAUGAGCCUGGAUCUGGAAGACGAAAACGUGGAUUUGCAGAGCUUUAUGAAGGAGGAGGUUCUGCCCUCUGCUGGACAGCUGCCGAACAACUGACCUGUGCUGCUGGAACGCAGGUUCCAAAUAAGGUUCCGAAUACUAGCAAAGAAUUCUGAUGCUUUUCUUCAUCUAAAAACAAGCUGUUAAAUAUACUUUCAUGUGUUAUCCUGUUAUAUGAAUGGAUUGUACGCUAAAUUGUGUUCUGCAAACUUGUCGGAUGUUUUUUUUUCAAGCCUGUGCAACUGGUAAAUUGUCACCUUCACCAUGUGGGUGUAGUCCCUUUUUUUCGUAUAUUGGCGGCACACAGUGAAUAAACAUUGGCUUCUCUCAGUGUGCGGAGGCCCCUGCAAAGUGCCAGGACAUCACGAACGCGACAGUGAUGCAGAAAAGCGUGUCGGCCCGAAGUCUGAACGCCGCGUUGCAGAAGGAGGCGUCGCAGCAGCGUUUGGUCAUGACAAAGAUGGUGUUGUUGGAGAAGAGCUCCACGGUGGUCUCCACGUCGCACUCCUCUGCUUUCACGCAGCCCAACGU